CCCCCCACCACCACGCGCGGCUUCCAUCCAUUACCGACUGGACGCGCGCCCCCUCGGCUCUACCGAACGCAACUGUUGCGUUCAACUCCUGCGGGCGACAGCCGAUAAAAGGGGUGACCGUCGCGGGGUGGAGAGUGGUGGCGUGGUGGUGGUGGUGGUGCUGGUGGCGUGGUGGUGGCGUGGUGUGGUGUGGUGGUGACGUGGUGUGGUGCUGGUGGCGUGGUGCUGGUGGUGGUGGUGGCCUGGACUUGAGGGGACGGCGACAGCACCUUGGCCACGUCGCCGGCUCGCACCUCGCGCGGCGGCGUUUUGUGACAUCCCAAGUCGCCACCGCACUCACUGGGCGGUCGGUGGUUGUUGUUGGUUGUGGCCGGUGGUUGUGGCCGGUGGUGGUGGUGGUCACGGAUUUGCGUUAGGCUCGCGUGAGGGACGGACGCACGGAGGAGCACCACCUGCACCACCGUCAGCACCACCACCACCCCGAGAUUCGGCGAUUCGGAGCGGGCUGGGGGUGGGUUUUGCGAUGGACAGCGCCCGAGGGAAGAAGGGUCGCCUGCACACGUGCGUGGCGCUCAUGAUGAAGGUCUACCACGAGCUGGUCCACAACAGGCACAGGUUCAUGAACCACCGACCGCCGCCGAACUGCCGGUACCAGCCCACGGAGUACGAGCACGCCGCCAACUGCGCGACCCACGCCCUGUGGAUCUUGCCGAGCAUCGUGGGCAGCGCCGCGCUACACCGCCUGUCGGACGAGCGCCUGGAGCAGGUGACGGCGUGGGUGUACGGCCUGGGCCUCUGCGGCCUCUUCAUCGUGUCCACCAUUUACCACACCUAUGCCUGGAAGGGGCGGCACUACCACUCAACGGAGCACUGCUUCCACAUCUGUGACCGUGUCGCCAUCUACCUCUUCACCGCUGCCUCCUACACGCCCUGGCUCUUCCUGCGUGAGCUGGGCCCGUGGGCCUCUCACAUGCGCUGGGUCGUGUGGCUCAUGGCCUGCUCAGGGGCGCUCUUCGUCUUCAUGUUCCACGGCCGGUAUAAGCUGAUCGAGCUGGUGUGCUACCUCACCAUGGGCAUCUCUCCGGCUCUCGCCAUCGUUUCAAUGCCCAACAGGGAAGGCCUCUCCGAGGUGGCGAUCGGCGGAGCACUCUACGUCUUCGGAGUCAUCUUCUUCAAGAGCGACGGCCGCGUGCCUUUCGCUCACGCCAUCUGGCACCUGUUUGUGGCCUUGGCUGCCACCAUCCACUACUACGCCAUCUUCCGGUACCUCUACAUGCCCUUGCGGGUGUGAGGGGGAGGCGGG